UUCUCUAGCCUCUCGUGCCUCUCUUUCUCCACCUUCUCAUCUCGCUCCUUCUGCGAGAGUAUUGCAGCACCCGUCCGAGCAGAACCCCCCGUCUCGAAUCGCCACCGGGAAACCAUGACUGUGAAGCGAAGGAACGGAGGGCGCAACAAGCAUGGGCGCGGGCAUGUGAAGCCCAUUCGCUGCUCCAACUGCGCCAAGUGCUGCCCCAAGGACAAGGCGGUGAAGCGCUUUCUAGUGAGGAACAUCGUGGAGCAGGCAGCAGUCAGGGACGUGCAGGAGGCCUGCGUCUAUGACGGCUACGCGCUGCCGAAGCUGUACGCCAAGGUGCAGUACUGCAUCUCGUGCGCCAUCCACUCGCACGUGGUCCGGGUGCGCUCGCGCCAGGCCCGGCGCAUCCGCGAGCCGCCCAAGAGGCCCGGGCGCAAGAUGGACGACCGUGCCAAGACCGGCGCCCCUGGCGCACCUGGGGCCCGCCCUGGCGCCCCCCCUGCUGCUUCUGCAGGUGCUGCCCCCAGAACCUGAAAGGCUCGGAGCUUGGACCAUGGAACUCUCUAGAUGAGUUACCAUUGAAGUACCUAGUAUGCUUGCGUACGCAGCGCACUGCUAUCUGCUCACUGCUCCACCCAGCCUUGCCCUGGUCCCUUGUCGGGCUGUGCAUUAUUGAAUCAAACGACUUGGUGGUUCUGGUGCUGCUGUCAUGGCUAUUCCUCUUGAAUGUGACGCGGUUUUGACGCAUUUCCACCUGUGUGCGAGCUCUCAACCUAGUUUGUGAGCUCUCACCGGAGCCAUCUGUGCUGCGUACGCCGUCCGGCCUCACCCUGA